UAUGGUCAAGUGUUGGAUCCAAUAAUGAAUUCCAUAUCCCGAUCAGAUCGUGGAUUUCGUUCCAAGUGGUCUUAUGAUGACAUACAGCAAUCGAAUCCUUACAAACAAUGGAUACAAAAUAACGAUCCACUAAUAAUGGAUGGAGCGCCUGCAAACCUUAGAAAUUUUCCAUAUGCGGUUCAGGUGUUCGAUGAAAAUAGUGCUAUCGAUCACAAAAAAUACUGGCGUUUUAAAUGUACCGGAGCAAUACUUGAGACAAAAGCGAUCUUAGUUGCUGGAUUUUGUAUGGACCUUGUAGAUCUUAAUCGAAGAUAUGCAAUAGUUGCUGGAGAAGAAAUAUUCCAGAAAAAUAUAAUAAAACCGCUGCGAAAAUUUAUAAUAGUCGAAAAAACGAUUUUUCAUCCUUUAAGAAGGGAAAACAAACAUGGAUAUGAUGUUGCCAUAUUGAAGCUAUCAGAGGAAUUAACGUUUAAUGAUGUUACAAACAAAACUAUAAUUUGCCCUAGAGAUGUGGAAUAUUGGGCACAAAUGUGGGGAAAAGUUCCAGGGCAAGUUGUGGGAUGGGGAUGGAAAAAUGGCUCAAAAUGCUGUGAGGUUAGAGACGAACUACAAGUGAUGUAUCAUGACGUUAUCUCAAAUCACGAAUGUCAAAUUCGACUAAAUGAUAGAUUACCAAAAGAAGGUCGAGUUAAAAUACCGCAUUGUACGGUGUUUUGUACUGAUGAUUCAUCUGAGGGAUAUAAUAGGGCAUAUCUGUGUAAAUCUGAUACUGGCGUAUUGUUUGUUGUUAAUGAGACGUUAUAUGGUAUUGCUACAUGGUUUAAACCGGAAUGUCUGCAGAACGGUGAGACGACUCGGAUUGUUAUGUACGCACGGCUACAUCGUUUUCUAUGGGAUAAUACCCAUGAAAACAGUCAUUGUGCCAUGCGAAAAAUUGGUGGUUUAAGGAAUAAUUAUGAUUGA